AUGUCAGAUACCACUGGACUGUUUGAGCAUCUCAAUUUUCUAAUUGUUGUCUCCGAAGACGGUACUACACAGCAAAGAGCAAAUAAACUUAUUAAAUUAUUGAGUGAUAACGGCUGUAAUAAAACUGAAACUUACGUUAAUGAAGGCAAACUGGAUGGAAAAAAUUACUCUUCUCAAAAGCACUGGUUUUUAUCAAAGUAUGGAUCGAGCAACUUUCAUUUUAUUGUCAGUGAAAACUGUACAUUCCCAUUUUAUAGAAUAGCAAGCUUCGAUUUACUCAUACCUGUAGUGACAUCUAAUUGGAUUACAAAGGCAAUCGAAACUAAGAGACAUCCAAAGACAUCUCUAUUUUCUCCAGAUCCAAACCAUUUUUUGAAAGAUCUACAAAUUUGCGUACUAAAACCGUCCUUUGAAGCCUCGGAGUAUCUUCUUUAUACCGAAUUGAUCCAUUCGAUGGGUGGUACUUGCGUAGAAAACAUAAAUAAUAAGACAACCCAUAUAAUAACGACAAAUCCGAAAGAAUCUUGCUUCGAAAUAUUGAAGCGAAAUGGCACAACAUCAAUUAAAUAUAUCUAUCCAACUUGGCUGAUUCAUUGUGUCAAAGAAAGCCAGCUUAUAGACGAGUCUGAACAUGAGAUAGUGCCAUUUACGGAUGACACUGAAAAAUUGAAUGAUCUUUGGAAUCAAGUAAAUGAUAUAAAAUUUGAAAAAGCCUCCAAUUUUCUUAGUGGCCACACAUUUAUUGUGAGUAUUGAUCUCUUAUUUUCGAAAGAUUCAUACAUUUUCUUUAUAGACUUUAUCAAAAAUUGUGGUGGUGAGAUUCACAACUAUUUUGAGACUAAAGAAUUAAGUAAAAUUAUAAAUGAUGGAAGCUCAUCGAUUGAUUGCUAUAUAGCUCUAGCCAACUAUACUAGAGAAGCAGAGACAAUAAUGAAAUGUCCUUCUAUUAAUGUGGGCAGUAUCACCUGGAUCUUCAAUAUGUGGUCAUUGAAUCACUUCGUUGACCCAAAGCACAACAUUCUCAAUUCUCCUGGUAAACGUAAAAUAUUUAAGAAGAAACAGUUAAUACUAAGUUACACAAACUUUUUUGGCCAAUACAGAUUUCUCAUUCAAAGAUUGGUAGAAAUUAUGGGGGGAAGAAGUACAACUGAAUUAUCAAAGCAAAAUACACACCUAGUAACAAUGGGUUCAUACGGGAAAAAAUAUAUAACAGCAAUGAAAUGGGGCCCGCAAAGUUGUUCUGUGAUCAAUUUCCUAUGGUUAGUACAAUGCUACCAAAAUGAAAAGAUUUUAGAUGUCAAUGAUGUUGAAUUUAAAGAAUUUGAUGACAUUAAUAUUUUAAGAUUCAAUCAAACCAAUUGGAAUGAGGCCCUGCUGAACAAUGAAAACGUUCAGAUACCAGCUGCUCCUGUCGGAGAAGUUGAGGCACAAAACAAUUUGAUACAAGACACCAACGAUUCUAGUCAAGAAGAUACCCAGGAAUUUGUAGAUGCAAUGAAUCAUGUAAGUGAAGAAAAAACAGAACCAUUACAAGUAACUGAAGACAGAAUUACGAAAGUGCAGAAUGCAGUAAUUGAAGAAAAACUACCUUCUAAGAAAGCUUUAAAUGGAGGCAUCCUUACGAACCCUGACAAGGAAGAGAACGAAGGUACUGAAAUGAAAGAUACUACGCAGAAGGUCAAUGAACAAAAGAUAAUCGAGAUGUUUGAACAAUUAUCUGAAGAUGAAAAAGAGGAGGUAAAAUCAAAUAUUACAUACUCCAGUACUAGUAACGAAAUCAUGAAAGAACAAUCAGUAACUCCAGCUGGAUCCAGAACUACGUCUAAUUUAAAAAUAGAAAGGACGCCAUCUUUUUCACCAUUGCCAGAACUAUCUAGCCCUUUAAGUUCUGGAGGAAGUAGUCGUACUGGUAGAGCUGCUAGAGCUAAGGCAGAGAAAAGGUUACGCGAUGAUAUUGAAUCUCUGAAUGAAUUCGAAAUGAUAGCUAAAAAAAAUAGGAAAAAGAAACAAGUGGCUUUAUUACCAGAAGAAAUCAAACGGCAAGAAGAAGCUAAAGAGACAGAAAAAAAUGCUAGAGAAAUACUUUCAGGAAUUUUUCAAGAAAGUCCAUCCAAAAUUUUUAACCUUAAUUGCCUCUGUACAGGCUGCCAUGAAGAAAUAUCAGAACUUGAUUUGGAACUUUUAAAACUACUUGGAGUGAAAAUCUACGGUAAUAUAACGCCAAAUGAAUCUUCGUUAUAUCACUUGAACACUAUUAUCGCACCAAGAAAACUACGGACAGAAAAAUUUUUAAGAUCUUUAGCUUUCCACCCUCUUAAGUUCGCAUUAUUGCCUGAAUUCGUAACAGACCUCCUAGAGAAACUUCACAACAGAGAAAACCCAUCUGAAUUGAAUAUAAAACAAUAUUUUAUCCCCGAAAUAGAUGAAAAGUUAUUAGAAGGUACAAAACUUCCAAAAAAAGUUUUUGAGAGGGCACAUAUAAGUGACAUCAAUCUGAUAAAUGAUAUUCAAGGUGGAACCGAGGUUAUAACGAAUAUUUUAAAGGAUCAUGGGAUUAAGAAUGUGAAUAUUCUGGAUAGAAAGAUGCUUUCCAUACCAGAAGAAAUUAUUCCAAAUGAAGGUACUCUUCACAGAAUCAAGCUAGGCAAUGGAAAAUUUAUUACACCGCCGAAAUUUGUUCUUAUUUCUAGCAAACCAUCACAGGCAAAGCCUUUUAGACAAAGUUGCAGCAAACUAGAUAUCAAUGGCGGAGUAUUGGUUGUCAAUUGGGAUUGGUGCGUUAACAGCAUAUUUAACUUGCAUGUCAAUUAUGAAGAUAAGAAAUUUGUUUCCCAUAACUCCAUGAAGGGACGAUAA